UUGUUGGGGGCAAAUCUCGCACAAAAUCGCGUUCGUUCCGAAUCCCGUUCCUCUUUCAACUAGCCUCCAAGAUGCCUACCAAGAAGUCGAAGACCAGGAAACUCCGAGGACAUGUCAGCCACGGACAUGGUCGCGUUGGCAAGCACAGGAAGCAUCCUGGAGGUCGUGGUAAUGCUGGUGGCAUGCAUCACCACAGAAUCAACUUCGACAAAUACCAUCCAGGAUACUUUGGUAAGGUGGGCAUGAGACAUUACCACCUGAAGAGGAAUACCUCCCACUGCCCUACCAUCAACCUGGACAAGCUGUGGACACUGGUGAGCGAGCAGACCAGGAUCAACUACAGCAAGAAGCCCGAUGGACCCGCCCCCAUCAUCGAUGCUGUGCGCGCUGGAUAUUACAAAGUCCUGGGCAAAGGCAAGCUGCCCAAGCAGCCUGUGAUCGUCAAGGCCAAGUUCUUCAGCCGACAGGCCGAGGAGAAGAUCAAGGCAGUGGGAGGAGCCUGCGUGCUGAUGGCAUAAUGAUCCUGUCUGUGUGUUUUUGCAGAAAUAAACUGUAUAAAUGGAAACUGG